AGCACGUCCACCCUCCUCCCAUCAAGUCCGCGGUGAUUUCAGGGCGCGUGCACUUCACUUGGACGGCAAAGCUGGGCACAAGUGUCCCGGUUUCCCCACCGGUUGGUAGAAUCGGAUUUUUUGCGCAGUUUCUUUUCUUUUCGGCCGCAGCUAAAAGUGCAUUUCGCCGGCUUCUCUUGGGUACUCCUCCCAGCGAGACUGCGCUGUCUCUACCAUCCGUCGUCUCGUAAGACAGGCGCAUGGAUCUCGGCUGUGCCCCCCCCUUCGUGUGAGCGUGGUCUGGUGGUCGCGACUUUCUGUGAUGCGCUCAAAAGGGCGUGGUGUCCACACACCCGCGCGCGGAAAAGACAAGUUUUCCUCUUCGUUUCUUUAGUUGAAGUGGAGACUGCAGAGCUUCCAAGAGCGGCGGACAGCGAACUCCCGUUGGCGAACAGUGGCCACCGCGGAGGCGCUUUCCUCUCCGUGAAACUCCCCGGAAGACGGUGUGCAGCGGCCCUGGGAAAGCAGAGUAUCUCUGGAUAUUGCGUGUCUGGGAAAUCCUUCUGCCUCGCUGUGCCCAAGUCUAGUGAGCUUUCUGAAGACAUGGCUUCCGAGUGCGUGGAUGAGAACUCGAAACCGUGGAUGCGUGUCACGGUGAGCUGUGCCCUCCUCCCGGAGGUGCUCAAACAAGGCGCGGAGGCAGGAGGCGCGGUGAAACUUACCGGGAACCCGUCUGAACAGAGCUCCGAAGACGGCAGCCACCACUGCUCCUCAAACUUCCAGAACUCUCCUGUUACAUCGGACUUGUCCGUCCUCGAUGCCUCGCCGUGCGGCCUGCCCGCCGAAAAGCGCAAGCCUCCACACAGAGAGACGUCCAUCUCGUCGAACGCCUCUCAGUCGGAAAGGGAAAUUGCCCCCACAGCCACUCGACGGCUUUCUCCGAAACCUGAGACAGCGACUUUGUCGCCGUCCGAGUCCAGCUCCCUCACUGCCGCGACUCUCUCCAACUGCUCCUCACGUGUGCAGUCAAGCAGCGACGAGAAAAUCGGAAACUGCCCGUCCACGUCUGCGUGUUCGGUUUCCCAGACUACCGCUUCGUCGGAAGCCCCCUCUUGGCUUUCCUCAGGUGCGUCUACAGCGCAGGUCCUCUCUGAGCGCCGCGGUUCCAUUGAGGAGCAACCUGCGCCCGAGACGUCAGCCGCGGCUGUUCGUGUCUCUCGCUCUUCCUCCGACUCGGAGAACCUCUUUGCCUCUUGCUCUGCUUCUCUUCGAAAUCUGGAGCCGGAUGACAUCAGCGAUCCGGAAAACGAAGCUGCGGCGCCUGCAUGCGCCGAGACAGGUGCAUCGCGCGCGCAAGACGCUGCAGCCGUACGUGCGGACGCGGAGAACCUGGGAGAGGGCGAAAGCCACAUGGAAACUGCUUCCACACGAGCGGAGUCUCUCGCAAAGGACGCAAUAAGUAGCAAAGUCUCACGGCGGGGCUCCGCGCAUACAUCCUCAGAUGCCUCGGGGCAGUGUCAGGAUGCCCUCCCUUCUGUAGGGGAAGGAAAACCUGGCGAGAUGAACGGGAGGGAGGAAGAUGGAGAGGCCGAGAAACCGGAGGCCAGUGCGGAGAGUUUACAGGGAAGCGAUGGACAGGCAAAUGAGAGUGAGGCGCCGAAACCCGGCGGAGGCAGAGUCGACGCGAAAAUGCGGGCAAAAUUCAAAAGAGAAUUCGUGCGCAGUUGGGUCGACAUCAACCGCGCGCCUUCCUGGCCUCCCAUCAAGAAAAACAAGUACCUCAGCAGCGACUGGAAACGCGUGGACCUCAGAACGGCGGCGGGCGAGAUUCGCGUGGAAACGAAGAAACAUCGGCUUUUCUUGAACGAUUUGUGUUUCCUCUUCGACGGCGUUUACACCCAAAAGAGCACCCUGGGAAGGAAGGCAGGACUCGGCCUUUUCUGCGAACGACCUGAAGGACUUCACAAGGGCCAAAUCAUCACGGAAUUCGUCGGCUGGCUCGUCGAUCGGGACCUCGCCGAAAGCUACAGAAAACAGCGAACCGCCUCUCACAUCGUCGCCGUCCAGAAAGGCUUCCUGUACAUCGACGGAGCAAAAGAGCCGGCGUACGGCAUGGGCGGCGGAAGCUUCGCGAAUGACGGCAGCGAAUUUCUCGGAGGCCCGGGGAACAACGCGCAGUUCUACCACUGGUUUGACGACGAGUUAGGGCGGACGCGGGUUUUCCUGCGAGCCACAGCGGACAUCAAGAACGGAGAAGAAAUUUUCGUUCCGUACCACAAGACGUACUGGGUAGACAAUUUUGAAGAACAGGCCGAGAAUUGCCCGGAUGCAUUCAAGCAGCGGAAGCUGGAGCAGCUGCGGCGGCGGUACAAAAAUCCUGAGUUUGUGCACAUUCCACAUCGCGAGGAGGUAGCGAUGCGCGAGCGAGAGGAGGCGGAGCGUAGGAAGCGGGACAAGGAAGAGAGUGAGAAGAAGAAGGCGGCCGCGAAACAGCCGCGGUGUCCCGUCAAGCGCCCCUGCUCGGCGUACCUGCUCUUCUCUGUCGCGCGUCGGAAGGAGUUGCUGAAGGCCUGCGGCAUUUUGUCAAAAGGCGACGACGAACCGGCUUCGCAGCAGGUCUCAGAAAGCCCAGAAGUUCCGCGAGAAGGCCAGCGGAAGCGCCGCGCCUCCUCUGCGUCUCAGGCGGCGGCGCCCGUCCCCGCGGCGGCUAAUAAACGGCGAAAAGCGGAGAAAGACGAGCCGAGCAGCCCUGAAGAAACCAAGAGGGGACAGGUUGUGGCCGCUGCAGGCUUGAAGCGCGGGGCGGCGCGUCCUGCAUGUGUGGGCGACGAGACCGCGCAGAAGCUGGCUGGCUGGCUAGCGAAAGACGGCGCCGCAAAUGUGCGGACGUUGUGUGCAGAGUUGACGCGCGAGGUGGCGCGAGAGUGGGGAAACAUGCGACCCGAGGAGAAGAAGCCAUGGGAGCAGCUGGCGGAGAAAGAGAAGAUCCGGUACGCAAAGGCGGUCCGGACGUGGAGGGAGAAACUGAAGAAGAAGAAGAGCGGGAGGGAGACGGCGACGCGCAAGCGGAAGGUGCCCUGCUCGAGGAAGGGGCAUGGCACCGAGAAGGGCGAGAAGGCGGGGAAAGUCAAGCCGCAGGCGGACACGAGCCCAAGGGAGGCGGCCCCAGAAGGGACAGAGACGCGCGACCACGAGGACGUCCAGGCGGGAGCGAAAGACAGGGCAGCGACACAGAAAGAGCGAUGAGCCGCUCCGACGCACAGGCGCCGAGGAGGGCCAGUGGGAAAAAUGAAGCACUACCCAAUAAAAGAGGCGAGUUUGUCCGAGAGGUCUGGAGGACGCGAGUUGGCCUCCGGGCUCAAGUGAAGAAAAAACCUGCGUUUCUUGCGUUCUCUCUCUCAAAGCCAUCGCAUAAACGGCCGCUCUCCCUGUCUUCGUGGGGCGUAUGCAGCUGCGCUUUGGAUCUCUGCGUCGCCGUGUCGCGAUACACCAAACCCAGUGGCAGUUCAGUUCUCGGCGGCUGUUCUGUGGCCGUCGUUGCGGAGGCUCGUGUCAUGUUUCUUGCGUUUUCCGACCCGUGGCUCUCGCCAUAAAGAGAGGUUCCGCGCAGAGUGACAACUCUUGGCCUACACUGGCGAAUCACUUGUACACAGAUACAUGUUGAAGCUUGAACGGCAACGAGAAAGGGACGGUGCGGCAGGUGGUUUGAGAGAAACAUGCGCGUGUCGCGUUUGCUCUCUCGCCGACUGUGCCUUGAGUAUAGAUGGAUCUCGGGGUCCGCAGAGGGAGAGAGCGACGAAGGCGGCUUCGCGGUCCUUGAUUUAUCUGUUGAAAGCGAUCAGCGCGUCUGUCCGGAAAGCGAGAAGAUGGGGGUUCCAUGGGGGCUCGGUACUCCUCUCCGUUCCCACGACACAUGUAGCGCUGAUCGUAGCCAAGUUGGAGUUCUCUACUGUAAAGAAACCGACUUUUUGUGAACUAUGCAGAGGGAUCGAGACUCCAGGGGCCAGUCGCCAUGUCGCGCUUUGCACGACACCAAAACUCACUGGUCACACGAGUGUGUUUCCGACGCGUUCUUGUUCUUUAGAAAGGGUCACCCACGGAGCUUACAGCUUUUUUCAUUGGCUCCAGUAUCGGUGAGCAAGACGGCGCCGGGGAACGCGCACUCUUACCCUUGAAAGUAUUCUUCGGCAUUCGAUUUCAACUCGCUCUAACGCAAGAGACGGAGGACGUGCGUGUUGCGUGUCCUUCAGAAAGAACAGAGCAUUCGGUAGUGCGCACGACUUUGGGUGGAUGGUGCUCCCUCUUUUUGUUGUUAUCCUUCGUAAGCAACAAUGGACGCGAAGGAGUCAGAACGACGCUUUCUGACGGUUCACUUUUCUCCCUUCUCUGUGAGUCCUUUUCUUCGUCUUGACUGCGUAGAAUCAGCGUUUGGUCGGCAUACGCGUCAUGAGAAUGUCGAUUUUCUCUUGGGAGUGCUGAGGUUUUCUUGAUGCUUCUUGUGGGCAAAGCAACGCGCGGGAUUUCAAAGAGAAGCGCAUUCUUCCGGCUGCGUGUUUUGUGCCUUUUCUAGAGAAAAGAGGUAUGCCUUCGCAAGUCUCGUUUCCCUUUCUGUAGAAACAAAUGUAUGACGGUGAGAUUCACCAGUGGGCACUUUUUGUGGCUUGUCCGGUUUCGCGUGGCCGUGGACCGCCUCGUAUCAUCCACUUUCCUUAGGCGACCUCACACAGUCUGAUCUUCUCACAGCGAGUAAAGGACAGAAUCGUUUUCCCCCACUCUGACACCUUUUGAGCUCCCUUCCUCGCAAACGUGUACACCCCCGGAAAUUUCGAGUAGUAAGGGGAACACUGCUAACCGCACGUACAAGGCACCAGCGUACGUUUGUUUCACCCCAACAAGUGGGUCUUGCUCCCACACGUCAUCAUCUGAACACAUGCCAUCAACGGACUGCCCUUCCUGCUUUAGUGCGUAGUUGCGCACCGAUUUUUUUGGUAGUGCGUGUCCUCGUGGCGCCUGCAUGAAGUAUUGCCCAUACGGAUUUUCCAGUCUAAUAAUCUUGAGGAUCGCCUCAAAGGAACCUCGAGCAGUGAAAG